AUGAGGCAGCAGCUGCCGACCCAAACCCAAUCCGAACGUAAAAACAAAGAAGAUCAUGAUGAAGAAGAUGAUGAUGAUUCUUCGCCAAAGGGCAAUGACAAAGAACUUUCCGAUAUGGUAAUCACCACAGCACUGGGGAAAAUACGUGGAACCCUAUUGACAUCACAAAGAGGACGGAAUUUCUAUGCUUUUCGUGGUAUACGCUAUGCUAAGCCACCGGUGGGUGAGUUGCGCUUCAAACCUCCCGAGCCAGUGGAUCAAUGGUUUGAUAUAUUCGAUGCCACCUUUGAUGGUCCCAUGUGUCCUCAACCUGGCCUCAGUAGUAAAGAUGUCUCCGAGGAUUGUCUACGUUUAAAUAUCUACACAAGAGAAUUGCCUUCAGAGAAAAAUCCGAAUAUUAAGAAACCUGUUAUUGUCUUCAUACAUCCUGGUGGAUUUUAUUCCCUCUCGGGACAGAGUAAAAAUUUCGCCGGUCCUCAAUAUUUUAUGGAUCGUAGUGUUGUGUUGGUGACAUUUAAUUAUCGUUUGGGGUCGUUGGGUUUUUUGAGUACCGGGACGAAGGAAGCCCCUGGCAAUUUGGGUUUGAAGGAUCAGGUUGCCCUAUUGCGUUGGGUCAAGUUGCUUAUUGCAAGAUUUGGUGGUGAUCCGAAUUCUAUAACAUUACUGGGAUAUGGUGCCGGAGCUAUGAGUGUAACUCUCCACAUGGUUUCGCCAAUGUCGAAGAAUUUGUUCCACAAAGCGAUUAUUAUGAGUGGUUCGGCAACGGGCCAAUGGGAAUUACCCGAGGAACAGUUGUAUGUGGCUCAACGCCAGGCGUUACUGCUAAAGUGUCCACUACAGAAUAUUACGGAAAUGAUGGAUUGCCUAAAGAGGAAACACUAUUUGGAGUAUGCCAACACCUUGAGAAAUAUGUUCGAAUUUGGCCGCCAGAAUCCUUUAAUUUUAUGGAAACCCGUUGUGGAACGUGAUUUUGGCCAAGAACGUUUUCUCACAGAGGAUCCGGUGCGUUCCUAUCAAAAUGGUGAUUACAUGAAAAUACCGAUCAUCACUGGCAUGACCAAGGAUGAAUUUGUCGGACCUGCUUUGUCCCUCUUGGAGAAUGACCGCUGGCUAAACUACUUCGUGGAGAAUUUUGAACUGGUUGCCCCCAUCUGCUUUAUGUACAAUCAAAGUAAUCCCAGAGCUUCGAGUAUAUCACGAGAAUUGUGGAACUACUAUUUUGGUGAUAAUAUAACUUUGAGUUUACCUGACUCCUUGGAGAAUUUGACUCAACUGUAUUCGGAUGCCUUGACUGGAUUUUCCGUACAUCGUUUUGUCCACUUGGCUGCCAGAUCGACAAAGGUCUAUUAUUACAAAUUUAGUUAUCAGGGCCAGCGAAGUCACAUAUAUUAUCCGGAAAAUGGGCCAUAUGGUGUGGUUCAUCAUGACGAUUUGAUGUAUUUAUUUGUGGAACCCUCGGUAAGCCGUAUGUUCAACGAAGAUGAUGACGAGUCGGGUAUGGUGAAUAUAUUUACCCGGAUGCUGAGUGCUUUUGCCUAUAAGGGAGAUCCCAAUAAGCCUAGUGACAAAUAUUUACGGGACAUCCGCUGGCGUCCAUUCAGCUAUAAAAAACAAUACUAUUUGGAUAUUGGUGACGAGUUAGUUAUGCGUGGUGGCCUGAAUACCCAACGUUAUGAAUUGUGGAAACGUUUGUUUCCUUUGAACUGGAGACGCCAAAGCAAACAUGGAGUCAAUGAUGUCGACUAUGAGUGAA